GUCCUGUUUCGUCUUCCCCCCGUGAUUUCGUGAUAAUUCCCGCCAAGCAAGAAAAUUGAGUGAAUCCAUCUUCUGGGUUUCGAGCUGUUGUUAAAUGUUCUGGGAGUUGAGUUUUCGCGAUAUGGGCUGAGCUGAAAUCCAUAGAGGGGUCCUCUGAUCUGAGCAAUCAGAUGUUCUGUUGCUUCUAGGAGUCAGUCUGUAACGAAAGAGUUCCAUUCAGUGAAAGAAGAUGAAGAGAAAAAGGGGGAAGAAGGAGGAGAAGAGAGAUUUGAAUGGGAAAGUAGACAAGGAGAGAGAGAAGAGGGAAGAAGACGAUGAGCUCCCUUCCACUGAAACCAUCACUCCCCCUUCGAAAGUUAAUUCCUAUUAAAUUUUCAUUGGACUUAUACGGACUCGGACCUAUAUCCACUUAAAAGCUCAAGCUGAUAAGUAGUGGUAUUCAAGUCUCAUAUAAAUCCAUGGAUAUUCUUUUUCUUUUCCGAUAUGAGAUUUAUCCUAUUUUUACUCCUUAACACCUGCCCUCACGUGCAACGUGUGGUCUAUUUCUGCCUACACGUUGUCACGUGCCCUUAAACACCCGCCCUCAACAAUUGACCUCGAGCCGGGCUCUUCUUCCGUGCUCGGGCAAGGGGGACUAACACGAGGCGCACACUUUGGCUGCACUCGGACAUAUUGGGCUUGACGCGGUGUGGGUGCGCACACGCGCGUGAGCGCGCUACGCGUAACCUGGGCUCUAAUACCAUAUUAAAUUUCCAUUGGGCUUAUACGGGCUCGGGCCCAUAUCCACUUAAAAGCUCAAGCUAAUAAGUAGUGGUAUCCAAGUCUCAUAUAAAUCCAUGUAGGAUUUAUCCCAUUUUUACUCCUCAACAAUUCCCUCUCCCGAUCUCGCUUUGAAAAGGGGAUUAUGCAGCUCUGUAAUCAGCUAUUGGAUCUGAAAGAUUCAGUGGAUAACUUACGCGGCAACACACAGACUAAGUACUCAGCUUGUUUAAGAAUAGCAGGAGGAGUGGCAGAGAUGAAGCACGAGCUAAGCAAGCUGCAGAAACAUAUUAACUCCCAAGGGGUACUCGUGCAGGAUUUGAUGACUGGUGUUGCUCUUGGCCGACAUCGGAAGAGAAGGACUUCUGAUACAGAUAUCAACAAGAGCCUAGAGUUGAUUCAGAGCAGUAUAGCUUCCAGGACUGAAAUGUCCAACUCGAGUUCUUCGUCGAAGAAAAGCGAGUCGGUUUCGAGCCCGGAUCGAUAUAGUAUAGAGGCUUGUAUGAAGGUGUUGUAUGAGAUGGAAAAUAUUACUGCUCAUGAGUGCGUUGCGGCCGCGAUGACUUUCCUGCAAGCUGAUUGGAGAACGGUGUUCAUCAUGAUGCCCGAUGACGCCAGACGGGCUUGGGUGGCGAAGGAAGCGCAGAAAUGAAUGGUCCGGGAGGCCUUGCUUAAAUUAUAUUAUUAUUAGUAUACGUAAUUAGCGACUUCCUUUAUCUGCUUGUGCGCUAUUACUGACAUCCUAUAUCUAGUUUGUGUGACAUUCCUUAUUCUUGUUGAAGACACGUGCAUAUAUUUAUAUAUAUAUGUAUAUAUAUUUUGGAUUUAA